AUGGAAUCCAGGACCUGGUCCUGGGACAAGACAAGUUAUGACGGAGAAGCCAGAGGCACACCACGCCGACGCAAGCAGCAUUACAAGCAACCAGCGGAGGCUGGCGCCUGCAGUUUAUUAACCAGACAUGCCUACAGAAUGAAACACCGCUCCAACGUACUAGCCUUAUUUGCAAUACCUCCCAAACCCCCGUGUUGGGGCCGACAAGCAUGGACCGACUGCCUUCAGCUGCGGUAUUGCAUCCGAAGAUCAGCAAGGCUAUUGGGAUCUGUAUCCUGCCCGGGGCGGACACUUGACCGACACGCAAUUCAAACACAUGGGGACUACCAGUCUGACACUUACCAGGAUUACUGCGAUUACAGCAGUUUCCAGGCUCUUGUUGCCGCGACUGAGGCUAAGAUGCACAUGGGCGCCCACUCCCAAACGGGACUGUGA